CAAGUAUAGCGAGAAAAGGCGUUUUAAAUAUAAUUGUUUCAAAAAAUUAAAUAUUCGCGUAUCGUUGCGUGGGCGGUCAGCUGUCAAAAGUGACAGCUGCGACUCGGGAGGUUCCACGAAGCCGCCAGCCAGAGCCGGCCGGAACCAUCUUGAGUGUGUGCGAUUUUCCCGCGUACUCUCUAGUGUGAAAGAGCGAGCGCUCGCCCGAGGGGAAGCCGUGUGCUCCUGUAGAUAGUGAAUGCAAAUGGCUGUCACGAUCACGGUGUACGUGAGUAUGUCGUCUCCCGUUCCCGCGUGUCCGACACGAGUGAGCAUAAAAUCGUCACGUACGAUCGAUAUGUGAUGAUCGGCGCGUCGGUUCCUACGGAUAUUAAAAGGGGGAUAUCGCUUCUCGCCGAACGAACACGCAGAAAAUCGGAAUAACGAGAGAUAUAUAUAAUAAUCAUAUAUAUCUCUCUCUGCCGCGGCCGCACGCGGGAAAUCGCUCGUAACGGGAGAGACUCCGGUAAACCGCGUUGUGUUGCGCGUAAGGGGGACGAGAAGUGUAAACCAGCGAUAACGUGAACGCGAAUGAAUCGAUAAGCGAUAUUCCAUCCUCGGAAUUUCGAAGGGAGAUCGACGUCAGAUGGUUGUCGUAUUUUUCCCCGAUAAUAAUCAUUAUUGUUCAAGAUAUAUGUAUAUCUAUCUAUUCGGCGAGGGCAGGAAAAACAACGAUUUUGUUCAUGCGUUAUCUGUCGCGUGGGAUCUUACCAAGGUGUGUCUGUGUGAUUAAUAAACAAUAAAAUUCAAACCAUACCGCUAAAAUGCCUGCAGUCAGUGUCUGCGAUCCUAUUGCAGCUAGGCUCCAUUGUGCUUUAAACAGCAGUUCGUCCAAAACCUCGGACGAUCUGUCGAUUGAAUUAGUCAGCAAUGCUUCUCGAAUUAUGCAAACGGAGAUCCGUUAUGAAGAAUUAAAGGAUUAUCAAGGAAAUCAGGUGCAAGCUAACUGCAACAUUUUUCUCAAUUUAUCUGACAAUUUAGAGGAUAGCAAAGCAAAGGAUGGCGCAAGUUAUAAAAAGAAGAAUGAUGCAAAUAAAGUUUUGCCAGUUUUACCAGAACCAGCUGUUACUUUGUAUUCUCCUAAGAAAGUUCAGCUGGGAUGGAAAAUCACGGUUCCAGUCGGAGCAGGCAUGUUCAAUAUUGGGAAUACAUGUUACUUGAAUAGUACUCUUCAAGCAUUAUUUCAUGUUCCGGCUCUUGUCAACUGGUUAUUAUCAGAUCCUCAUCAUAAUUCCAAGAUGGAACAAAAUGAUGGAGAAUGCCUUACGUGUGCAGUAGCCAAGACUCUGCAAUUCACUCAUCAGAAAUCUGGAAAUGCAAUUAAGCCAUAUUAUAUAUACAGUAAACUAAAGCUCAUUUGCCGAACUAUGGUGCCUGGACAACAAGAAGAUGCUCAUGAAUUUUUACGUUAUUUAUUGGAAGGGAUGGAACGUACGUAUUUAAUUAGGCAUAAAGCAACUAAAUUGGAUAGCUAUUCUAAGGAAACGACACCAAUUAAUCAAAUAUUUGGCGGUUAUAUACGUACUGAAGUAAAGUGCCUGCAAUGUCAACACGUAUCUACUACAUUUCAACAUUUUCAGGAUUUGCUCGUGGAUAUACGUAAGGCGAAUACGUUGGACGAAGCGUUAAAUAGUUACUUCAGUAGAGAACAAUUGGAUAAUAAUGAUUAUAAAUGCGAAGCCUGUAAGAGAAGAGUUCCUGCCACGAAACAAUUUACAUUGGAGCGCCCGCCGAAAGUGUUGUGUGUACAGUUGAAGCGAUUUAGCGUUUUAGGGGGAAAGAUAUCUAGACACAUCGGUUUUAAACAAACUAUAGACAUGGGCCCGUACUUGUGGAGGGAACCGGGAGAAUCCCCCAGACAGCUUACCUACAAACUCAUGUCGAUGGUAACCCAUAUGGGUCCCUCUGUAAAUUGCGGCCAUUAUACGGCAAUCGCGCAAGUAUCGAGCGGUCAAUAUUAUUCCUUCGACGACUGCUCCGUUCGUCCAUUAAGCCUUAAUAAUGUGUUAAGUACAAACGCGUACAUUAUGAUCUUCGAGAUGGAAAGUAACAAUCAGAAUUCGCUAUCGAAGAUGAACGAUGCGACAUCCGCAAAGAGUAUCGUGUCGACUGCGCCGCUAACUAAUUCUAUAGUAAAUAAAUCUUACGCGUUAAAAGCAUCAACGUCUGCCGGAUGUUCCGCGAACGGGAGCGAAUCGUCGAAUAAUCACGACGAAGCGAGUAAAUCACGGACGUUAAUCGGUCCGCAAUUGCCGCCGCAGAGAAAUGGCGUAGAAUUAAAUCUUCCUUUACAAAAAUCCAACGACACCGUUAGCAUACAAUCGCCGCAGAAAAUGCAGGACAAGUCGCAACCAAGAUUAGUAAUGCAUAUUAAGAAUGGAAAGGUUUUAAAUGGUAACAGUUUAGUGCCCUAUGACGUAGAUCCUACUUCCAGCGAAGAGGAGGACAGUUGUCCUUCCACUGGGACGGGAACUCUGAAAAAUCAAACCUCAAAUAAUAGCGUAUCCCGAAAUAAUAUCACAAAUGGUGUGCCAAAAUGUGUCACUACAAAAGACGGAUCAAAAACCAGCUCGAACUCUAAAGAAGCACAGAAGACCACCAAUUCUAAAAGUAAUGGUAUAUCGAUAAUGACGCCGCAAACUACGAUUGUACAAAGCACAAAGACGCAGAAUGGAUCUAAUAGCAGUAACGGUCGAAUAAGUUUAUUGAAACAUCAGAAUGGAAGAAUGGAAACGAACAGUCAGUCGGAACAACGUGACAAGGAUACCUGGCGCCAGUCUGCCGCCAGAACUAAAAAUGGACAGGAGGAAAAUGUACCUACGAAAGCUACGAGCAGUAACAUUAAAAGCUGGCAAAAUUCCAAGGGUAUAUCUCCCACAUACACCGGAUCGUCCAAUGGAUGGACGGUCACUGACAAUAGGGAAGACAAGUUAAAUCAAAGUAAUUCAACACCGAGUGCCGCGGCUGUGCGAGAUUUUAACGGUACCAAUCGCUCGGACACAGUUUCUUAUUUAUUGAAAAUGUCGCAUCGUGGAUAUGGCAGUACUUCCGUAACGAACUGGAAUGGCAAUAGAACACAACUUGAACGCGACGUCGAUAAUGACAGACGGGAGGAACGUAAGCGUCACUUUAAUCCGGACGAUGAAGAAAUGGAUAGGGGUCGCGUAAAGAAAGUCAAGGAUCAUUCGAGCCGUCGAUCGUACAAUGACAGACCUAACUAUAACUCAUUCCAAGAAUACCAAAACAAAACCUGGAAUCGAUCAGUUAAUAGUUAUCAUCGAAGACAUUAUUAUAACACUUCCUACGUGCGGCCGCGACACGGAAAUAAUUAUGGAAGACCACCACAUUAUAGAUAUUCCUCUCAUAGAUAUCUAUAGACAGCUUGUGCCGCGACCAUUAAUGAGUAUAGAUAAAAUGGUAAAUGAUUUUAGGAGUUAUGUGGACAAUUCAGAGAACUGGUGUAUAGACUGUGUAAUGCGCACGUCAGUUUUCACUUGCUAAAUAGAUAUUGUCAGCAUGAUUGGAAAUAAACUGUUGCAUUGAGAGUUUCAACAGAGUUUCAACAGACAGUCAACUAUCGUGUUUUAGUUCAUUUGAUAUAUAUUGAACAUAUUGAAGAUAAUGACUCAUAUUCACGUUUUGAGAAACAAUACAUGUUCCUGAUAGACUCGUGGCAUUUUUUACCUUUGCUGCAUAAGUUUGGUACACGCUUCUAUUAUAAGAAGCGAUGGGGGAUGAGUAUCGCCAACUGUACCAAUUUGUGUUCACCGUGAAAUAUUAUAGAAAACUAAUUUUUUCGAACCUUAAUGAAUCAAAUAACUAAUUGUAAUUUUGGGGUGUAUACUCAUCAUUAUAAAUUCAACAUGAAACCUUUGAAGAGCGAAAACACAUUAAUGCUGAUAAAUAUAAAUUAAAUGUAAAUUGAACUUGA